UGUGAGGAAUAGAGUACUGGAGGACUAGGGUUUGGCCAGUGGAAGACAUUGAGGGUUGUCUGUGUGUGCGUGGACUAACAGUGAUGUACAAGCGUCGUGACUAUGUGGACCUUUAUGAGAAAGACCAGGCUAAAUGGGCUCUAGUACGUAAUGUCAACACUGUCUUCAAGCACUCUACACUGCUACCGGGGGACUAUGUGUGGUUGGACCUGAAGACGGGCCGGGAGUUUGUCGUCCCCAUCGGAGCCGUGGUCAAACUCUGUGACUCUGGACAGAUACAGGUUCUGGAUGAUGAGGGAAACGAGCAUUGGAUAUCCCCUCAGAAUGCAACCAACAUUAAGCCCAUGCACCCCACCUCCAUCCACGGGGUGGAGGACAUGAUCCGCCUGGGAGACCUCAAUGAGGCCGGCAUCCUCCGCAACCUGCUUAUACGAUAUACAGAACACCUUAUAUAUACGUAUACAGGCUCUAUCCUGGUGGCGGUAAACCCCUACCAGGUGCUGCCCAUCUACACAGCUGACCAGAUCCGUCUGUACACCAAUAAGAAGAUAGGAGAGAUGUCUCCACACAUCUUUGCCAUCGCAGAUAACUGUUACUUCAACAUGCAGAGAAACAACAGAGACCAGUGCUGCAUCAUCAGUGGAGAGUCUGGAGCAGGAAAGACAGAGAGCACUAAGCUGAUCCUCCAGUUCCUAGCAGCCAUCAGUGGACAACACUCCUGGAUAGAACAACAGGUCCUGGAGGCUAAUCCUAUACUGGAGGCGUUUGGUAACGCUAAGACGAUCCGUAAUGAUAACUCUAGCCGCUUUGGGAAAUACAUUGACAUCCACUUCAACAAGAGAGGAGCCAUAGAGGGGGCCAAGAUAGAACAGUACCUGCUGGAGAAGUCACGGGUCUGCAGACAGGCUCGUGAUGAGAGGAACUACCAUAUCUUCUACUGUAUGUUGAAGGGCAUGCCUUCAGACCAGAAGAAGAAACUGGGACUAGGGAAAGCCACAGACUACAGCUACCUUACUAUAGGGAAGUGUACUGUGUGUGAUGGUCGUGAUGAUAUGAAGGAGUAUUCAAACAUCCAAUCAGCCAUGAAGGUGUUGAUGUUCUCUGACACUGAGAAUUGGAUGAUCUCCAAACUAUUGGCCUCUAUACUACAUAUGGGGAACCUGUGUUAUGAAGCUCGUACCUAUGACAACCUGGAUGCCUGUGAGGUGGUCCGCAGCGUAGACCUGACUUCUGCUGCUACACUUCUGGAGGUGAACUGUAAAGACCUGAUGAACUGUCUGACCAGUAGGACUCUGAUCACUAGAGGAGAAACAGUCUCCACUCCCCUCAGUAUAGAGCAGGCUCUGGACGUACGGGACGCAUUCGUCAAGGGGAUCUACGGUCGUCUGUUUGUGUGGAUUGUAGAGAAGAUCAAUGCAGCGAUCUACAAGCCUCCGUCCCACGAGCCCAAAGCCCUCAGACGCUCUAUAGGUCUACUAGACAUCUUUGGCUUCGAAAACUUCACCAUCAACAGUUUUGAGCAGCUGUGCAUUAACUUUGCCAACGAGAACCUGCAGCAGUUCUUUGUGAGACAUGUGUUCAAGUUGGAGCAGGAGGAAUACAACCUGGAACACAUCAACUGGCAACACAUCGAGUUCACAGACAACCAGGACGCCCUGGAUAUGAUCGCUAUCAAACCCAUGAACAUCAUCAGCCUCAUAGACGAGGAGAGCAAGUUCCCCAAGGGUACAGACACCACUAUGUUGAAUAAGUUGAACUCUCAGCAUAAAUUGAACACCAACUACAUCCCUCCUAAGCACACUUAUGAGACCCAGUUUGGCAUCCAGCACUUUGCUGGGGUGGUCUACUACGAGACACGAGGUUUCUUGGAGAAGAACAGAGACACCCUGCACGGUGACAUCAUCCAGCUGGUUCACUCCUCCAGGAACAAGUUCAUCAAGCAGAUCUUCCAGGCCGAUGUUGCCAUGGGGACGGAGACCAGGAAGCGCUCUCCCACUCUGAGCAGUCAGUUCAAGCGUUCUCUGGAACUGCUUAUGAGGACUCUGAGUGUGUGUCAGCCCUUCUUUGUACGCUGCAUUAAACCCAAUGAGUACAAAAAACCCAUGCUGUUUGACAGGGAGCUGUGUGUUCGUCAGCUGAGGUAUUCAGGCAUGAUGGAGACCAUUCGUAUCCGCAAAGCUGGUUAUCCAAUCAGAUACACCUUUGUUGAGUUUGUGGACCGGUACAGAGUCCUCAUGCCAGGAGUCAAACCUGCAUACAAACAGGAGGACUUGAGGGGAACUUGUCAGCGUAUAGUGGAAGCUGUCCUGGGGAGAGAUGAUGAUUGGCAGAUGGGAAAGACCAAGAUCUUCCUCAAGGACCACCAUGACAUGCUGUUGGAGAUAGAGAGAGACAAGGCCAUCACGGACAAGGUCAUCCUUAUCCAGAAGGUUGUACGAGGCUUCAAGGACAGGUCCAAAUUCCUGAAGAUAAGGAAGUCGGCCAUGAUGAUCCAGAAGACGUGGCGAGGAUACCACUGUCGCAAGAACUAUGGAGCUAUGCGGGCAGGGUUUGCCAGACUGCAGGCGUUGUACCGCUCCAGGCGGCUGUACGUAACGUACCACGUGGCCAGACAGAGGGUGAUGGGUCUGCAGGCCAGGUGUAGAGGCUGUCUGGUCCGAAGGGCCUUUAGACACCGCCUAUGGGCCGUCAUCACCAUCCAGGCUUACACACGGGGCAUGAUCGCACGACGCCUCUACAAGAGACUGAAGGGAGAGUAUCGGAGGAGGUUGGAGGCAGAGAAGCUGCAUCUGGCUGAGGAGGAGAAACUGAUGAACCAGAUGAGCGCUAAGAAGGCCAAGGUAGAAGCAGAACGUAACCACCAGCAGAGACUAGCCCAGCUAGCGAAGGAGGACGCGGAAAGAGAGAAGAGAGAGAGAGAGGAGGUACAGAGGAAGAAGGAGAUGGUGGAGCAAAUGGAGAAAGCCAGACAUGAGCCGGUGAACGACUCUGACAUGGUGGAUAAGAUGUUUGGCUUCCUGGGAACAACAAACUCCUUCCCUGGACAUGAGGGAGCGCCACCAGCUGGGUUCGAGGACUUGGAGCGUGCCCAUAAGGAGCUUGAGGAGGAGGAUUUAGACUAUGUUCUUCCUCUCCCUGAGGAUGAGGAGGAUGACCUGUCAGAGUAUAAGUUUGCAAAGUUCGCUGCCACCUAUUUCCAGGGCACCACCACACACACCUACAUCCGACGGCCGCUCAAACAACCGCUGCUGUUCCAUGAUGACGAGGGCGACCAGCUGGCGGCGUUGGCGGUGUGGAUUACGGUGCUGAGGUUCAUGGGAGAUCUCCCGGAGCCCAAGUACCACACGGCCAUCACCGACGGCUCGGAGAAGAUCCCUGUGAUGACCAAGAUCUACGAGACGCUGGGCAAAAAAACCUACAAGAGAGAACUACAGGCCCUGCAGGGGGAGGGAGAGAACCCCCAUUCAGACAGCAACAAGAAGAACAGUGUCCGACACAAACUAGUGUCCCUCACCCUGAAGAAGAAGUCCAAGAUAACUGAGGAGGUGACCAAGCGCCUGAACGACGGAGAGAUCAGUCUCCAUGGCAACAGCAUGUUGGAGGACCGGCCCACCUCUAACUUGGAGAAACUCCACUUCAUCAUCGGCAACGGAAUACUUCGACCUGCCCUGAGGGAUGAAAUCUACUGCCAGAUCUGUAAGCAGUUGAACCAGAACCCGUCUAAGAGCAGUCACGCCCGCGGCUGGAUCCUCAUCUCUCUGUGUGUCGGCUGCUUCGCUCCCUCUGAGAAGUUUGUCAAGUACUUGCGUAACUACAUCCAUGGCGGUCCUCCUGGCUACGCCCCUUACUGCGAGGAGAGACUCAGACGCACGUUUGUUAACGGUACCAGGACACAACCCCCAUCCUGGCUGGAGCUACAGGCUACUAAGUCUAAAAAGCCCAUCAUGUUGCCAGUAACCUUUAUGGAUGGGACCACUAAGACGUUGUUGACAGACUCAGCUACUACUGCCAUGGAGCUGUGGAACGCCCUGGCAGACAAGAUCAGCCUCAGAGACCGCUUUGGAUUCUCUCUCUACAUCGCUCUGUUUGACAAGGUCUCCUCCCUAGGCAGUGGUAAGGACCAUGUGAUGGACGCGGUGUCCCAGUGUGAGCAGUAUGCCAAGGAGCAGGGUGCCCAGGAGAGGAACGCCCCCUGGAGACUGUUCUACAGGAAGGAGAUAUUCACGCCCUGGCACAACCCUGCAGACGAUGCUGUGGCCACCAACCUCAUCUACCAACAGACUGUACGGGGGGUAAAGUUUGGAGAGUACCGCUGUGACAGGGAUGACCUAGCAGAGUUAGCCAGUCAGCAGUAUUAUGUGGACUAUGGUUCUGAGAUCCUGACAGAGCGUCUGCUGAGCCUGAUCCCAUCCUACAUCCCCGACCGAGAGGUCAGCUCCUCCCGGAGCAUGGAGAAAUGGGCCCACGUCAUCAUGGCUGCCCACAAAAAGGGCAUCUACACCCAGCAGAGGUUUGACCCCCAGAAGGUGAAGGAGGAAGUGGUGGACUUUGCUCGCUACAAAUGGCCGCUCCUCUUCUCACGCUUCUAUGAGGCCUUCAAGUUCUCAGGUCCAAGUCUGCCUAAGAAUGAUGUCAUUGUGGCGGUGAACUGGACAGGGGUGUACUUUGUAGACGAACAGGAGCAGGUGCUGCUAGAACUCUCUUUCCCAGAGAUCACUGCAGUCUCCAGCUGCAGAGGUGGUAAGCUGCAGGUGCAGAGCUUUACGUUGGCGACCAUGAAGGGCGAUGAGUUUACGUUCACGUCGACCAACUCUGAGGACAUCAGAGACCUUGUGGUAACGUUCCUAGAGGGCCUGAGGAACCGGUCCAAGUACGUGGUGGCUCUGCAGGACAACACUAACCCUGUUGGGGAGGAAACAUUCCUGUCGUUCCAAAAGGGAGACCUGAUCCUAUUGGACCAGGAGACAGGUCAGCAGGUCAUGACCUCAGGCUGGGCCCACGGGGUCAAUGAACGGACCAAUCAAAAAGGAGAUUUCCCUGCUGACGCCGUCUACGUCCUGCCCACUGUUACCAGACCUCAGGCUGACGUAGUGGCGUUGGUUACCAUGACACCAGACCAGAGACAGGAGACGGUGCGUUUGUCUCAGCUGGUUCUGCCGGAGACUGGAGAGGAGAGGGUUAAACCUUACACACUGGAAGAGUUCAGCUACGACCACUUCAGACCUCCUCCCAAACACACUCUGAGCAGGGUGAUGAUAACUAAGAACAGAGGGAAGGCCUCAAUGUGGAGCUGCACCAGAGAGCCUAUCAAACAGCCCCUACUGAAGAAGGUCCUCAGCCAUGAAGACCUGUCACAGGACGCCUGUAUGGCCUUCAUAGCUAUGAUGAAGUAUAUGGGGGAUUACCCAUCUAAGCGAACGCGUUCGGUCAACGAGCUGACAGACCAGAUCUUUGAAGGAGCCCUGAAAGCCGAACCUCUAAAAGAUGAGAUCUUCUGUCAGAUACUCAAACAACUCACAGACAACCACGUCAAGUACAGUGAGGAGAAGGGCUGGGAGUUGCUGUGGCUGUGUACAGGUCUGUUCCCUCCCAGUAACAUGCUGCUGUCUCAUGUCCAACGCUUCCUUCAGUCCAAGAAACAUCACCCUCUGGCUCAGGACUGUAUGACACGACUACAGAAGGCCCUACGGAAUGGCUCGAGGAAGUACCCUCCCCACCUGGUGGAGGUAGAGGCCAUCCAACAUAAGACCACCCAGAUCUUCCACAAGGUCUACUUCCCUGACAAUACUGAUGAGGCAUUUGAGGUGGAGUCCAGCACCAAGGCUAAAGACUUCUGUCUGGCAAUCUCUGCUCGCCUGCUGCUCAAAUUACCUGAAGGAUUCAGCCUGUUCGUAAAGAUCUCCGACAAGGUGAUCAGUGUACCAGAGGGCGAUUUCUUCUUUGACUUUGUCAGACACCUCACAGACUGGAUCAAGACGGCUCGGCCCUCUAAAGAUGGUAUCAUACCGUCUUUGACCUACCAGGUGUUCUUCAUGAAGAAGCUGUGGACCAACACUGUUCCUGGUAAAGACUCCUUCGCUGACUCCAUCUUCCACUACUACCAGGAGCUGCCCAAGUAUCUCCGUGGUUACCAUAAGUGUAGUCGUGACGAGGUGUUCCAGCUGGGAGCGUUGAUCUACAGGGUGAAGUACGAAGACGACAAGUCUCACUUCCCCUCAAUACCCAAGAUCCUGCGGGAGCUGGUGCCACAGGACCUGAUUCGCCAGCUCUCCCCAGAUGACUGGAAACGGUCUGUAGUAGCGUAUUUCAAUAAACAGGCUGGUAAGUCCAGGGAGGAGGCCAAACUCCAGUUCCUGAAGAUCAUCUUCAAAUGGGCCACGUUCGGAUCCGCCUUCUUCGAAGUCAAGCAAACCACAGCGCCCAACUUCCCAGAGAUCCUCCUAAUUGCCAUCAACAAGCAUGGAGUCAGCCUCAUAGACCCAAAGACCAAGGACAUCCUGACCACCCACCCGUUCACUAAGAUCUCCAACUGGAGCAGUGGUAACACCUACUUCCACAUCACCAUUGGCAACCUGGUCAGGGGCAGCAAGCUGCUGUGUGAGACCUCACUGGGCUAUAAGAUGGAUGACCUCCUGACUUCCUACAUCAGCCAGAUGUUGACCACCAUGAGUAAACAGAGAACUGGGAGGGGCCACAGCAAGUGAACUUCCUAUUGGCAGGAAGCUGCAGAGCUAAUUAGAAUACUGCGCCCUGUUUGCCAGCCCUGCAGCUGGGGGCAGAGCUUCUCUAACCAGGUGUGGAAGAUGAGCCGGAGCCCCUCCUCUAGCACCGCCUCCAGCUAUGCACAUAGCAACGACCUUAGCAAUGUCUCUAGCAACAACCAUAGCAACGAUCCUGAUGACGAGCCCUCUAUUGAGGAUGACUACCUCUAAGCCCCGCCCCUUUAUCCUCCCAAAGACACUGUACACACACACACACUACAAACACGAAGGUUGUAAACACACACACAAACAGUUAAAUUAGUGUUUUUGAACAUUGUGUUCAGACUGAAGAGUUGGCAGUCUGUUACCAAGGAGACUUGUUAUUAACCAAUUGGAUGGACAGAAUGAAUGGAAAGCCAUGUGAUUGGGUACUUUAACUAGACAAUUAAAUAGUUACUGAAAAUAAGAAUUAAGUGAACUUACUGAGUAAAAUACUUGAGUAGCAAAAAUAUGCAAACCAGCAGCCUCGGAAGUUGUAACUCAACACAACAACGCAAGAUCGCCAAUUAUGUUCUUGUGUUUCCUACUUGCGUAUGGUAUAAUUAGGCUUUAGCUCAGAGGUCUGUCUGUCUGUGCUGUAAGCCUCAGGUGGACUUGCCUGCUGUGGAGUUUUAACAUAGAGCGUUAGUGUUUGACCAGAAAGGAUCAUUAUCUGUUGGUAUUUGGCAGAUCUAUGUACUGUAGCUCUAUGAGACUAGUGUUUAACUCACCAAUGGCCUUUGUCAUACUAACUAGAACUAGGGUUGCAAAGUACCCUACAAUCCUUACUAGAACCAGGUCUAGACCUAACUCAGCUGGAAAAGAACUGAUCCAUGGAUGAUUCUGAGUUCUGCAUGAAGAGUUCUAUACCUUGCGUCCCAAUGGUACCCUAUUCCCUAUAUAGUUCCCUGGUCAAAAGUAGUGCACUAUAAAGGGAAUAGGGUGUCAUUUGGGACGCACCCUGUGUGUUAGUAGUGUGUUGUUCAGGCAGGAUGCUGAUGUUACUGUCUGUUUCUCCUGUUCUGCACAGAGGAGCUUGACACCACUACAAACACCUCCUUCCCUCCACAACUAACUAACCUGUCUGUCUGCUGUUGAAUUUGUUUGUUUUUGUUUAAGAUUUUUGGUACUUAUUUUAUAUUUACAUUGUGUAAAGGAUCUGUCCAUGUAGUGAAAAUAUGGUUUGUAUGAGGAAUCAGUCUAUAUUCUACAGGCGCUAGUUUACAUUAACAACACAGAGUUCUGGGUGAAUUUCCACUAAUCAGCUCAACGUAUGUUUUAUAACACUGUGGAUGUGUCUCAAAUGGCACCCUAUUCCCUAUAUAGUGCACUACUUUUAACCAGAGCCCUAUGGGCCCUGGUCAAAAAUAAGGCUCUGGGCAAAAGUAUUGCACUAUUUAGGGAAUAGGGUGCCAUUUAGGAUGCACAGUGUUCCCGGUCUGUCUGGGUGAUAUUACUACAACAUUACUACAGCAGCUGUGUUGCUCCACUGUCCUGAUAGAAGACAUGAUGACGGUGGAGCUACUGUCAGAGAUGCCGUUAGUCUAGUUGUCCUUGCCCCGCCCCUCCUCUGCACCCCCAAUGAGGGCCAGGAUUAAAUCAGAAACCGUACUGUAGUGCGCUUGACAUUUAAAGGGAAUUUCCAAUUGAGCCGACAUCUGCAGUAGUUACCUUGAAUACGAUCUCCGUGAAUGAGUUAACAUAGCCUUUAAAAGCCGCAUUGUUUAUUAGAGCGCUCAGAUUGAAUCCCGGCCAGGGUGUCUGUUUUUGUAAAAACAAUAAAGAUGAUUGGAUGGAGACAGUGGGCCGAUGUAUUUUUGUUCAACUGGAG